AUGUCGGUCGGCACCCCUUCCCUCACCCUCUCCGACUACUUGGAGAAGCAGCCCGGCACGAGCUUUAGAAAACUCUACCAGCAACCCUCCACCACCCUAGCUAUCUUCCGACGCAUGCUUCCCUCUCUCGCCAAGAACUUCGUGCGCAUGAUCCUCUACUUUGAGGGCCCGAUGCUCCUCUCCGACCUCGACAACCUUGUGCGCCCCGAGGCCAGGCGGAAGAAGGACCAGGCCCUGUCGAUCCUGCGAAGCCUGCACAUUGUCCAGAUCAGUGCGCUAAGUAAGGACAAGCCGCAAGAGAUGGUACUGGCGACGAACUUCAAGAAGUCUUUCCGGCUGGCGCUCGAAGGCGGGGGCGAUCACAACAGCUUCGGCGUACCCAGCGAGAAGCCCGUGGCGGCGGACAUCAACGUUGCUUUUCUCGACAGAUACGCGAGGCAGAAGUGGGAGGAUAUUCUGCACUACGUGGUGAACAGCGUUGGAUUCUCGUCGGGUCCGUCCGGGGCCGACUCUCACGGGCCUAAGAGGUCUGUCAAGGAGCUGCUGCUCGCUGGGCGGCUAGUCGAGAGACGGACGGGCGCCCCCGGCGGCGUUGGCAUCACACAGACCGGCUUCACGUUCCUGCUACAGGCGGCUAAUGCUCAGGUAUGGACGUUGCUAUUGCAGUGGCUGGAGGCGGUGGAUCAUGCUGGUGGUAGGGACGCAGGCAUGGACAGCGUCGACAUGCUGAGCUUCCUGUUCAUGCUCUCGACGCUCGAGCUGGGCAGAGCCUACGACACCAACUCUCUGACGGAGCAGCGGAGGAACAUGCUCCCGUCCCUCGUCGACUUUGGCCUCAUCUACAUCCCCAGCAACGACCCGUCUCAAUACUUCCCCACGCGCCUCGCGACGACCCUUACCAGCAGUGCUGAUGCCCUGCGGUCGGUCAGCGCGGGCUUCGACGCGGCGACUACGAAUGCCUCCUCGGCCAGCGGCCUACCGGGCGCCGGCACAGAUGUCAAGGGCAGCAUCAUCCUCGAGACCAACUACCGCCUCUACGCAUACACAUCCUCGCCGCUCCAGAUCGCCGUCCUGGCCCUCUUCACCAAGAUGAACAUGCGCUUCCCCGGAAUGGUCUCGGGCAAGCUCACGCGCGAGUCGAUCCGCCGGGCCGUCUCGUUCGGCAUCACGUCGGACCAGAUCAUCAGCUACCUCGCCGCACACGCGCACGAGCAGAUGCACCGCAGCGCCGCCUCGCACAGCCGCCCCGUGCUGCCGCCGACGGUGGUCGACCAGAUCCGGCUGUGGCAGCUCGAGAACGAGCGCAUGAAGAGCAACACGGGGUUCCUGUUCAAGGACUUUGAUACGGUUAAGGAGUAUCAGGCGCUGGUGCAGUACGCCGACGAGAUCGGCGUGCUGGUCUGGAGGAGCGACGAGAAGCAUAGCUUCUUCGUCACUAAGCAUGAGCAGCUGGCUAAUUUCCUUAAGGCUCGAAAGAAGGCAGAGGCUUAG